CUUCCCCUCCCGGGUCGCCCCUCCCUCCCCGUCCCUCCCGCCUCCGCCGGGGCCUCGCGGCCCGCUCCCCAUGUAGGAGGGAGGGCCGAGGCCCCGGGGCGGGCGCGGAGGGAGUUUGAGGGAGUUUGAAGCCCGGGGGGGGUUCCCAGGAGUUCCCCUCGGCCGUUCCCGAGCGCAGCGGGGGAAGGAAGGAAUGCCCAACCCGGAGAGACAUGGGGGCAAGAAGGACGGCGGCGGCGGGGCCUCGCAGGCGGGCAGCUCCAACAGCAGGGAGAGGCACCGCGCGGGCUCCAGGCACAAGAGGCACAAAUCCAGGCACUCCAAGGAGUCCCCGCUGGCGGCCCAGGAGGCGGCGGCGCCCCUGGGAGCCGUGAUCAAGCCGCUGGUGGAGUACGACGACAUCAGCUCGGACUCGGACACCUUCUCGGACGACGUGGCCCUGAGGCCGGACAGGAGGGACAGCGAGGACAGGAGGGAGCGCGGCGAGAGGGCGCAGAAGCACCGGCACCACCAGCACAAGCGGCUGCGGGAGCUGAUGAAGAGCAAGCAGGCGGAGAAGGACAGGAAGCUGGAGAAGGGCCUGGAAGCCUCCAGCAGGUCCGCCAAGGAGAGGGUCUCGGGAUCCUCCAAGAGGCUCCCGGAGAGCGACGAGCACCCCAAGGCUCCCUCCUCCAGGGGCGGCAACAAGGAGUCGCGCUCGGCCAAGGCGCACAAGGAGAAGUCCAGGAAGGAGCGGGAGCUCAAGUCCAGCCACAAGGAGCGCGGCAAGAGCCACCGCAAAAGGGACGCCCCCAAGAGCUACAAAACCCUCGACAGCCCCAAGCGCAAGUCGCGGAGCCCCCACAGGAAGUGGUCGGACAGCCCCAAGCUGGACGACAGCCCCUCGGGAGCCUCCUACGUGCAGGAGUACGAGCUGAGCCCGCCGCGCUCGCACACGUCCAGCACCUACGAGCCCUACAGGAAGAGCCCCGGCGGCUCCUCUCGCCGGCAGUCGCUCAGCCCGCCCUACAAGGAGCCCAUGGGCUACCAGUCCAACGCCCGCUCGCCCAGCCCCUACAGCCGGCGGCAGCGCUCCGUGAGCCCCUACGCCCGCCGGCGCUCGUCCAGCUACGAGAGGGGCAGCGGCUCCUACAGCGGGAGGUCCCCGAGCCCUUACGGGCGCCGCCGCUCCAGCAGCCCCUUCGCCUCCAAGCGCUCCGUGAGCAGGAGCCCCAUCGCCAGGAAGUCCGUGAAGUCCCGGAGCCGCAGCCCUGGAUACUCAAGACACUCAUCUCACAGCAAAAAGCAGAGGUCUGGGUCCCGCAGCCGCCAUUCCAGCAUCUCCCCCACGAGGCUCCCGCUGAACUCCAGCCUGGGAGCAGAGCUCAGCAGGAAGAAGAAGGAGCGAGCGGCCGCGGCAGCAGCUGCGGCCAAGGUGGACGGGAAGGAGGCGAAGGGCUCCCCGGUGUUCCUGGCCAGGAAGGAGAACAGCCUGGCCGAGCUGAAGGAGGCCGGCCCGGAGUCUAAAAAGGCCACCAAAAUUGUUAAGCUGGAGAAGGCUCCGCCAGACCCAGAGUCAGUGAACUUACUGCACACGAACGCCGAGCCCAAGGGCCCCGCGGAGCCGGCGAGGGCCCGGCCGGAGGAGAACGCGGAGCGCAAACAUCCCGCACCGGCUCGGGACUCCAAACCCUCGGGAACAAAGGACUCGAAGCCCGGAGCAGCGGUGGAGGACCUGGUAUCUCCAAAGGAGACAGACACAGCGGAGAAGGAGAUCCCACCCCCCCUGCCCUCAAUCAAGUCCCCCCCUCCACCCCUGCCCACCACCACCCCUCCGACUCCGCCGCUGCCGCCUUUGCCUCCGUCUCCCGCCAUCCCGCCUUUGCCUCCAGCCCAAGUGACUCCUGUCCAGGCCCCUCCUCCAGCCCCAACGUCUUUGCCAUCCUCCUCCCACCCAAGGACGUCUACUUUAUCCUCUCAGGUGAACUCCCAGUCCUCUGUGCAGGUGGCUACAAAAACCCAAGUGUCUGUGACGGCUGCUAUCCCACACCUGAAAACUUCCACCCUGCCUCCGCUUCCGCUGCCCCCUAUUUUAGUUGGGGAAGAUGACUUGGAUAGUCCAAAGGAGAUUCUUCCUCCGAAACCUGUGAAGAAGGACAGAGAGCAGAGACCACGCCACUUACUCACGGACCUCCCGCUCCCCCCGGAGCUCCCCGGGGGGGACCCAUCUCCUCCCGACUCCCCAGAACCAAAGGCAGCCACACCACCUCAGCAACCCUUCAAAAAGAGACCAAAAAUCUGUUGUCCUCGGUACGGGGAGAGGAGACAGACGGAAAGCGACUGGGGGAAGCGCUGUGUGGACAAGUUUGACAUCAUUGGGAUUAUCGGAGAGGGGACCUACGGGCAGGUCUACAAAGCCAAGGACAAGGACACAGGUGAGCUGGUGGCCCUGAAGAAGGUGCGCCUGGACAACGAGAAGGAGGGAUUUCCCAUCACGGCCAUCCGGGAGAUCAAAAUCCUGCGGCAGCUCAUCCACCGCAGCGUCGUCAACAUGAAGGAGAUCGUCACGGACAAACAAGAUGCACUGGAUUUCAAGAAGGACAAAGGUGCCUUUUACCUUGUGUUUGAGUACAUGGACCAUGACCUAAUGGGGCUGCUAGAAUCUGGCUUGGUACAUUUCUCAGAGGACCAUAUCAAGUCUUUCAUGAAACAGUUAAUGGAGGGUCUGGACUAUUGUCACAAAAAGAACUUCCUUCAUCGAGACAUUAAGUGCUCCAACAUCUUACUGAACAACAGUGGGCAAAUCAAACUCGCAGAUUUUGGACUCGCCCGACUCUACAGCUCGGAGGAGAGCCGGCCCUACACCAACAAAGUGAUCACCUUGUGGUACCGACCCCCGGAGCUGCUGCUGGGGGAGGAGCGUUACACCCCUGCCAUCGACGUGUGGAGCUGUGGCUGUAUCCUCGGGGAACUGUUUACAAAGAAGCCUAUUUUUCAAGCCAAUCUGGAACUGGCUCAGCUUGAAUUAAUCAGCCGGCUCUGUGGGAGCCCCUGCCCAGCUGUGUGGCCAGAUGUGAUCAAGCUGCCCUACUUCAACACUAUGAAGCCCAAGAAGCAAUACCGCCGGCGCCUGCGCGAGGAGUUCUCCUUCAUUCCCUCGUCUGCUCUGGACCUGCUGGACCACAUGCUGACUCUGGACCCUGGCAAACGCUGCACAGCAGAGCAGGCCCUGCACAGUGACUUCCUGAAGGACGUUGACCUCAGCAAAAUGGCACCUCCAGACCUCCCCCACUGGCAGGAUUGCCACGAGCUGUGGAGCAAGAAGCGCCGGCGGCAGCGGCAGAGCGGGAUGGCCGUGGAGGAGCCUCCGGUGGCAAAAGUUUCUCGGAAAGAAACUACCUCUGUUACAAGCACAGACACUGUGAAAAACAACAGCAGUCCUGUGCCCCCCCAGCCUGCCCAGCUCAAAGCAGAGCCUGGGGCUGCAGAUGCAGUAGGCCUCGGGGACAUCACGCAGCAGCUGAACCAGAGCGAGCUGGCCGUGCUCCUGAACCUGCUGCAGAGCCAGACCGACCUGAGCGUGCCGCAGAUGGCCCAGCUCCUGAACGUGCACUCGAACCCCGAGAUGCAGCAGCAGCUGGAGGCCCUCAACCAGUCCAUCACGGCGCUGACCGAGGCCACGGCGCAGCACCACGAGCACCACGAGCCCCCGGCGGCGCCGCCAGAGGAAGCCAUAGAGGAGCCCCCUCCGGAGGUGCCGGAGGAGCAGCAGACUCCGGACGCAGCCAGCGCUCAGGGAGACAUGCAGAACGUGCUGGCGGUUCUGCUGAGUCAGCUCAUGAAGAGCCAGGAGCCCGGGAUCCCGUCCCUGGAGGAGAGCAACGGGGAGAAGAGCAGCGAGCAGCGGGCGCCCCGGAAAACCCCGACGAGGCACCCGGAGGAGAGCUCAGCGUGUCCUCCUGGCAUUGUCCCUCCAGAGAAGAGACCCCCCGAGCCCCCCGGACCGCCGCCGCCUCCUCCCGUGCCCGAAGGGGAUCUCUCCGGAGCAGCCCAGGAGUUGAAUCCGGCCGUGACGGCUGCGCUGCUCCAGCUCCUUUCCCAGCAGGACACGGAGCUGCCCGGCCACGCCACGCAGGAGCCCCCGGCCCCGAGGGACUACGGCCGCUCCCACCCCUCCAGGACUUACAGCACCGACAGCUCCGAGGGGGGAUUCGGGGCCGAGGAGCCGAACUCGGGCCAGACGCUUCUAGAACCUUCUGCCCAACCCCUGGGGAAAAGCAGGACCUUCUUGGGCUCCGUGAGCCACCUCGGGGAGACCAGCAACUACCAGGGCACGGGAUCGGUGCAGUUCCCAGGGGACCAGGACCUGCGUUUCGCCAGAGUCCCCGUCGGCCUCCACUCGCUCGGGCAAUCCUUCGGCAAAUCCGAGGGGAGCAACAACGCGCUGGGACACCCCGAGGCCAAAAUCCAGAGCUACGGCGAGUUGGGGCCGGGAACGGCCGGUUCCAGCGGGGCAGGGACAGGUCCCAGCUGGGGAGCCCCCACCCAGGCACCGUCUUCCUACGGGAAGGCGUUCCGAGGGCCUGGCAGAGUGCCUCCGAGGGGGGGCCGGGGCCGGGGGGUUCCCUACUGAGCAUUCCCGGGGCCCCCCCUCCCUCCUUGCCUCUCCUCCUUCAGCCACAGGACUCGGUUUCCUUUGGUUCUUUGGCCAGAGCAAGGUCUCGUCCACAUUUCAGCUGCUGCAGAGCCCCCCGUGCAUCCCUCCCUCCUCCCUUCCCUCGGGAUCCCGCCGGGGCCGGACCCUCCCGCGCUGGGUUAGUGACAAAAACAGUCCCAGGCUGAGCCAGGGGAGGGAGGGGGGGGGUUGAUGGAAAAAUAGGAAUGAGAGGAAGAAGGAAGUGAAAUAAAAAAAAAAAAAGCUGUUUCCCCGU